AUGCUUAUCCAAGCAAUUGCUGAAUUAUUCAAGUUUAAAUUUAUUGGUAGUUUGAUAGUUUUAACAUGCUGGCCGCCUAUAGAUCGAAUAAAAUUUGCUCGAGAACUCUUUAAACAUGAUCUAACUGCAAGUUUCUCAUGCGGUCCAAAAACACUCGAAGAAGCUUACAAAUCUCGUGUACAAGGAGUGCUGUAUAUACCAUCUUCUGAGGAUCAACUGCAUAAGGUGAAACCCAAAUACUUCUCUAAUUGGUACAAAUGGGUUAUAGUUGCUGAAACCGUACCAGAUUUCAUAAAAACCGUUCGAUAUGAUGCUGAUAUACUUUUGCUAAAGCCAUCAACGAUCGAGACAAUAAAAAAAGAUGAUGGGGAUAUAUAUUAUAUUGACGAUGUUUAUAUUCAUCCAAGAGAUGGUAUUUUUCUACAUCCUUGGGGACGUUGGAAUUUACUCAAUGGUCUUCAUAUAUUGCACGAAACAGAGAGAAUCAUAAGACGUCAAAACUUGAAAAAGUAUCCUCUAAAAAUUGCAACUCCACUAGGAUCUUACUCAGUGGAUAGUUAUAAUGGAACAUUUCUGGAGUAUUUAAUGGAUAAUUCCAUACGUGAACGAGACUCAGGAGUACGAAGUGGUUAUACAUCUUCAGCUUUAAUUAUUGAAAUACUAAACGCUACGGAAAUCAUAGUUCCAACUAUGCUUUGGAGCACAGAAGUUAAUAACAGCAGUAUGAUGCUUGAACUAAAAUACGGUAGUUCAGAGCUCGGUGGAGGUGUGCUACGAAUGAUGCCAGAGCGCUUCGCCAAAUUGGAUUAUGUUAUAUCUAUAUGGCCUUUCCAUGUGGGAUUCACCUACCUAGCUGAACGAGAAAGUAGCAGCAAUAUGUUCUUGGAACCUUUUACACCGACUGUCUGGUGGUGUUGUCUGUGCCUCUUGAUAAUUCUGGCACUCGCUCAGCGUGUUACUGCAAAGACCGCCAUGGAAAAAGAAGGAGCCUAUGUAGCUACUUUAGCUACGUAUCUACAACAAGACGCUAGUGCUGUACCAGAAGGAAUAUCUGGCAGGUGGACAUUUCUGGUGCUGUCUAUAUCCGCAAUGCUCAUUCAUGCUUACUACACUUCUGCAAUUGUCUCCGCACUUAUGAGUGCUGGCAGAAGUGGUCCAGAUUCAUUACGCACUUUGGGAGACUCCAAAUAUUCUAUCGCAUCAGAAGAUUAUGAUUAUAUGCGAUAUUUAAUGUUUGACGUUGAAACAAACCGUGAAGAUUUGGAAUAUUUAAAGAAGAAGAAGUUAACAUCUAAAUUCUAUCAGGACAUUCAUAAAGGCGUUCGUCUGAUUCAAGAGGGUCAAAUGGCAUUUCACACCGAGUACAAUCAACUUUAUCCACACUUGAAAACGUUCACCGAUGACCAACUCUGCAAGCUGCAAUACGUUGACACGAUUCCAGAAAUAUUGACUUGGGUGACGACGACCAAACACGGCCAGUGGACCGAUGUAUUUCGUAUAGCGGGUGCUUGGUUACAUGAAACGGGGUUAGCAAGGCGUCUCAUAUCCCGUCUUCGCAUUAAACCACCGCCGUGCCGCGCUUCACUACUCGCUGAAAGGGUGAACAUAGAUGAUAUUGCACCUGUAUUAGUACUGACUUUAACUGGAGUAGCUGUCUCUAUACUGUUACUGGGCAUAGAGAUAUUAUUUGAGAAGUGGAUAAGACGUACGGUUGUAUUUUCGUCAGUAGCUAUUGUUGAUUCAUCAAGGAAUUUCUUAGAUUAG